ACUGCAUUUUCUAAAAUGUUAUUACUGGCAUUUUGGGAUUAAUGCAAUUCCUUUUGACAUGCAAUUGUUAAAAAGAGUGUAAACAUUUUAAUAUGUUUCAUUCAUAUCAUCCUCAAGUAAGUGACUUGCAGAAGUUUAAGUUAAGAUAUGAAUCAUAACUUACGGAAGCAGAAAUCAACAAAGAAAGGCACAGUUUGUAUGAGGGCGGAUGUGUUGUUAUGUCAAUCGAGUGCAGAGUUACUCAAUCCAUAUUGAGGGGAACUAGCAAACAGUACCAGGUAUUACCUGAAUUAGCACAGUGAUGGGUUUAACAGCAUAGCCAUAAGGCACAGAAUUGUACUUGCUCCUAUCACGACUAUCUCAUGCAAAACAGCAAGCUUGAUCCAGAUGUCUUCAUCUGAAAGAUCCACAGGGUAAUGGAGUGAUCCAAAAGUAAAUAUUUCCAUCACUGCCAGGACCCAAAGAGCCCAAGGAAUAGAAAGGGACCCAAAGAGCCCAAGGAGCAGAAAGGGACCCAAAGAGCCCAAGAAGUAGAAAGGGACCCAAAGAGCCCGAAGAGUAGAAAGGUUGCAAACGGGUAAUGGAGUGAUCCAAAAGUAAAUAUUUCCAUCACUGCCAGGACCCAAAGAGCCCAAGGAAUAGAAAGGGACCCAAAGAGCCCAAGGAGCAGAAAGGGACCCAAAGUGUUUACAAGAGUUUCCAGUAAAACAACAAGGGCAUUGCAAAACAUGCUUGCAGAAGGUUUUAUGAAAGCACUUUGACAAUCUGAAAUGUUGCAGAAGCAAAAAUUGAAGACGUAGUGCAGAACAACAAGGAAAUCUAAAACAGAGUUGCAAGUGUUGACAGAUGAAGAGAUAGCAAUGGGCUCCUUUAUGUAUUGGCGGAGUUUUGAACUUGUUGCAUGCAGCUUCCUAAUUGCUGUGUUUGUCAUUAAAGGUGAUGCUGCCGAUUUGGUCAUAAAACAGGAACCAGAUGUAUUCUCAGAAGAAAAAAGUAAUGCUCAAUUGAAUUGUACUUUGUCACAUGGAGGUCUUGUAGGUGCUGUCAGAUGGUACAAGAAAGCAAAACAUAGCCAAGAUAAGGAAGAAGAUUUUUUCUCAGACCAAAUAUCAAGUGCGAACGUAUCCUGGAACAUUAAAGAUGGGCGUAACACAGAUUUCUCUAUCACAAUAAAAGAUGUUCGCUUUACUGACAGCGGAAAUUAUGUAUGCCGAAAAUUAGCAACAAAGCCAAUAUCUGGUAACCCGUUAACCAGUCUCUGGGUUUACAGAGGUUCUUUGAAAUUAACAGCACCAGAUAACAGAGUUAAAACAGGUGAUGCAAUUACUUUCAACUGUAAAAUUGCUGGAUUUUUCCCAAGCAGUACUGACGUUGUAUGGGAAAAAAAUAAUGCAGAAAUCCCAAUUUCAGAGAGAAUUGAUUUAAAAAAAAUCUUAACUGAAGACAACAAUCCCGAAUUAACUAGCACAAUUUCCAUUGUUGCUAGCAAGGAAGAUAUUAAAUCAUCUAUCAAAUGUCGCAUAAAGCAUCCUAAUCUGAACGUUGCACUGAAUGCAACAUAUGACAUUGGAAGGAGUAUUCAAGUGAGUCCGUCUGUUAAGAUUGAUCCGCCAAAUCCAAAAGCCAUAAUGAACACCACUAUAAAGUUAACCUGCAUAGUAGAUGGAUUUUAUCCGAAAAGUGCACAAACAAUAAAGUGGUUUGAAAAUAAUGCACUCAUUAACGGUAGUAACGAAGAUAUUAAGGAGGAGACUGAUGGAUCAUUCAGUAUGAAUAGUACCUUGGAGGUGUAUGCAACACAGAAAAGAGACAAUUCUGAGUAUAAAUGUGAAUUUCAUUAUGGCCCACGUCCUGAAAUCAUCGAUGCCAAAGUUGUGUUGUCAGUGGAUGAAAGCAUGCCGAAUUUAUUAUGGUUUGCCGUAGCAGCAGGAGGAGGGGUCUUGCUCAUCAUCAUAAUCGUUGUCAUUGUAGUUGUCGUAAAACGAAAGAGAAAAACCUUCAUAUCAAAUGUAGAAUAUGCAACCAGUGUUCGAAAAAAGAUUCCACCAGAAAAUAUCUGCCAGUGUCCUCAUCCAAAGCCUCGAAAACCAACAGAUACAUUACCUGCUCCUCCUCCCCCUCCCCAGGCCAGGACUCGAAAAAACAGAGACGAGCAACAGAAAAACACAUCUCAGGGACAAAGAGCUUCUAGAAGUCCAGCACCUAAUUGUCCACCACAGGGACAAAGAGCUUCUAGAGGUCCAGCACCUAAUUGUCCACCACAGAGGAAAAGAACUGAUCAAUAACAAAUGCAAGUAAUGGAACAAACUUCUUCAAUAAUCAAUAAGAUCUAAAAGCUUUGCCUGAACAGAUUUUAUAUUUAUGUUGCCCACUGGAAGCAUGGAUGUGGUGUGAAGGAACUAUUACAGUAUAACCUACCAGACCAACCUCACAAGGGAUGCAAAUAUAUUACUGUAAUUAAAGACUGAUUAUGAAAGAAUGCUAAAUAUGAUACUAUCAAGAGCCAAGUCCUACAAAUAAAUAUAUAACAAAAGUCAGCAGCAGGAGCAACAGAAGACACUUAUCCAUUCAUAGCACUGAUGAUCACAAAAUGAUCAAGUUGGGCAUGUCCCUAAAUCUUAACUGGAAUUUACUUUUGGAAUUGGCUGAUCUUAUUUUCUGAAUUUUUAUGUUAUUUUUACCUCAAAGUGUACAUAACUUCAUCGUGUACAAUGCUUACAUGAUAGACUUCCAAUGAAAGAACUUGAAGAGAACACAUUCAGAUCAAAUAAAUAUUUAUUGUAGAAAAUCACAUUUUUCAUGUUGAUGUCAUGGUAAACACCAUAUUGAGAAGUGAGUUUAUGAGUAGAAAUCCAUAUCUUUUGAAUGAAAUAAAUGUAUUUCAUGAGUGUAAUCUCAGUAAAUAAAAAAAAUAAUCAUAGAAAUGCAGCAAACAUCAUGAGCUAUUCUGAGUGCAAUCUUUUUUGAAAAUGAUAUCAUGAUAAUAAAGGACUCUCCAGCACA